UUUCAUACAGUAAAUUCAGCAAAUUAUUUUGAUUUUGAUGAUGAUUUUUCUCGUAAGGAUUUACCAAAAUGUCAAAAUCAGAAAUCAAUUUGUGGCUAUAUGCAAUUGAAUCAUGUCGGUAUGAAUAAAAUACCAAUUUGUAAAUGUGAAAAUAUUGAUUGCCAUCUUUGGUGGAAUAUAUUCGAUAAUCGUAUUGUUAAACAUGGAAAUGAUUUUUAUAAAUUUUGUGGUCAAAUAUCCGAAAAUGAUUUGUUACCUUGUCAUGAAAAUGAAAUUGCUUAUAUUAGUUUUGGUAAAACUGAUCUAAUAACUGGUGAAAAAAUAUCGGAUAUUCAAGAAAUGAGAUGUUUAUGUAAUGAUGAUUUUAUAUUAAAAACAAAUAAAACAAUGUUUGAAAUGACCGAUACACAAUAUAUUUAUGGUACUGAACAGAUUUGUCAAAAGGCACCAAGAUGCAAUCGUAAACAAUUUUGUUUAUCAAUUACGGAAACAGCUGAAACAACAAUCGAAAGGAGACAUUGUCGUUGUCCACCAGGCAAAUAUUGUCCAAAAGAUAUACGUUUGGCGUAUGAAGUAAUCAAAGAAAAUAGUGGUACAUUAUAUAAUAUGAAAUGUGUUUAAAACAAAUGAACGAACGAACGAACAACAAUCUUAUCAUGUUUUUUUUAAGUAACUGAAAUGAAUUGAUGUUUUGUUUGUGUGCGUGUGUUUGUUUCUAUUUCAAAAAAAAAAACAAAAAAAAUUAUUCCAUUUUAAACAAUCAUCAUAUUGUCAUCAUAUUGUUAUUUUUCCCUUUUCCCUUCAAGUUUUUCGCUUUUGAUCUUGGAUUUUUUUUUGUUUUUUUCCAUUUCGUUCCUUUCUUUCCGUAUUCCCGUAAUAAACUCAACAUUAAAUUACUCAUCAUCAUCAUUAAUUUCAUUCAUUUCAUUAUAAUCCAUUUCCAUUUUUGAUUCAAAAUGAUACAAACAAAAAACACACA